GGGGAAUACUUUGAACAGUCAGCAGAAUUUACUGACUUUAACCAAUGCCCAAUAGUUGGCCGAGUGCCUUGGAUUUGACCAAAUGUCUGGUCAACUGAUAAGAUACUUGUAGAAAACACCAAAUAAGCAAGUUUGAUUCAUGGCCAACAGGGCAAAUGGCCAACUGGCCUUUUGUGUGCCCUUAAGCUUUUGGCCAAACAAUGAAAUCCCCUUUACUUAACCCUCCCGCAUAAAUAGAAAACAAUUAAGCAUUUCAAACGAUAAGAGAUGAGCGAUAAAAAAUUACCCACUGCCAUUGUGACUCAUCGCUGCACAGAAAAAGAGGGGGAAAAAUGAAAACUUAUAUAGCUCCGGGCCUUGGCUAAUUAGCCCGACCCGUCCAAUCAUUUAUCGAAGCGUGAAAUUUGUUAACUUUACAAUUUUUGCUUAUAUAUAAGCACGAAUUCUCCUCGACAGACUAUCUGAUGAAAAGCGAAUUCUCAUUUUACUUUUGGGCACGUCGAAAUGCUUGAUAAGCGAAUCGGUUUAACGGAAUUAGUUCAGAAGGUGAAUUAAAUCACAGGACAAUAAACGCAUCAAUAUUUAUUUACAUACCCCAACAUAUCACAUAAGCCAUCAUAAAUCUAAUCAAUUUAACAAGAAUAAAAAAAGCACAUGAACUUUUGGAGUAUAAAUAUAUAUAUGUAUGUAUGUGGGCGAUAAAUGGCCAAGGCAACGGCUCUGUAGAUAACACGGCUAAAGCACUCCAAUGAAAAUGCGACAAACACAUUGAAUACUCGUACAUAUUCAAAUCUAUUCACAUCAGUUACAACAAUUGCAAACGAGUGCAACAAAUUUACAGCGUCAAUUAAAUGCGCGACCAUAAAUCAGAAUUCUGGCAAACAGUAAUCAAAAAGGGGUUCAGGCCCGCCUCUGUUUUUUAUUUGCAGGCAACAAUAAUAAUAAUAACAAAUAGCAAAUAACAAAUAUAAAAUAACAAAAGAUGUGUGCGAUAAAUAUGCUAAUUAAGUAGCUGACACUAACUAAGUAAACAAUAUCAACUGUUUGCACCAUUUCCACUGAACGUAACGCCCAACGUGUGACCUCCUGACCUCCUGAACCCACCCCCAACACAUAAACACAGCUACACUUGGCAUUAAAAAAAAAAGAUGGCUUGCUUUCCGCGCUUCUUCCAUCAUCGCAGCAAAAACAAAUUUACGCCUUCCCAAGAUGAGAACACCGACACGAUACUCAACACACAAGAUAGCCCCGUGCAAAUUGGUCUGUACAUACGACGUGAGGAGAAACCACUUUACACGCCCAUUUUGACGCCCAAUGCCAGUGAGGCGCAACUGCAGCGCCUAAAACAACUGCCCUUAGGCGUCUCCUCUGCUGGCCAACAGCUUCAGGCCGUGGCCGAAAAUGUGGCCAGCACUGGGAAUGCUGUGAACAGUGCCAACGACAGCCCGGGGAAUCACCAGCAGCAGCAACAGCAACAGCCAAAGAAGUUUCGCUCAAAUAAAAGCAGGUUGCAGGCCGAGGAGAAAGAGAAAGAGAAGGAGAAGUCUGGCAUACUCAAUGGUAGUGCAAUUAAUGUCACGCGUACCAAUUCAAAAUUAAAACCCGUCAAAGAGCGACGUCCUACGGCCCUGCCUACCGAGGCGCCCAACGUUGAUGAUGAUGGCGCCCAACGUGUGCAUUCCGAUGUAGAAAGGGAAAAGGAAAAUGGGAAGCAGAAGGAAAGGGAGGAGGAGCAGGCUGUUGCUGAUGUUGUGGAUGAAGGGCCAAAGCUCAGAGUAAAUGUGAAUGGCAUAAUUGAUGAGAGCGGCAACAAUGAUGCGACAUCGACACCAACCACAAAGGCAAAUGUAAAAUUUUUCAUUGGUCACACACAGGAACUUAAUGCAGAACAACACAAUGAUGACACUUUGUCCUGUCAUAGCAACGAUACUAACAACAACAACAACAACAACAACAACAAACUUAACAAGUUAACAAAUGGCACAUUUCAACUGGAUCAACAAGGAUCUGAAUAUGAGCAACAAUGGCUGGAAUCGGCAUCCUCAUCAUCCAUACCAAUAGCACCCGCAAAGAGCUACAGCAACGUGUCACUCAAUUAUUUGAGAAGGUCGAAAAGCACCAUAGCCAACGAGCCAACAACACCACCGAACACCACCCAGCGACGUCGUGUCUCCACGAUGCCCGACAUUUAUAUACCACCGCCACCACCGAUGCCCGUCGAGUUGCUUAGUCCCGGGACUCCAUUGCAUUUGCGCAAGAAACGAAGUGUGGAACGUCAAAGAGAACAACAGAAGGAGGAGGAGACGCCUCCAAUAGAUGCCACACUGCAUGUCUCGAACAGUCAGGAUGAGUUGGCCAAGUUGGAAGAUAGCAAGCAGAGCAUCAGCUCGACAACGAAACUUCAUCGCGUGGAAGGUGGCCUCAUCUUCGUGAGACCGAAUUUGCCCGUGCAGGAAAACAUUGAAAUCGAAUUUAAUGCAAAGGACGAAGCCACACGCAAUCUCAUACUCAAUGCCAUUGAACACAACGAUUUCCUCAAUAACCUAAUGGACAAGGAACGCAAGGAGAUGGUCAUCAAUGCAAUGGCGCCGGCCAGCUACAAGAAGAACAGUUACAUCAUCAACGAGCAUGACGAGGGCUCCGAAAUAUACGUAUCAGCCGAGGGAUACUACGAUGUGAUACAAGCAGGUCAACAUGUGGGCAGCUUUGGACCCGCCACUGUCUUUGGCGAACUGGCAAUACUCUACAAUGCACCACGCAAAGCUACCAUUAAGGCGGCAACCGAUGCUCGAGUUUGGAAAAUUGCUCGCAAAACAUUUCGUGCCAUUAUGCAAAUCUCAGGCUCCAAGGAGCGUGAGGAGAACUUGCAGUUCCUGCGCUCAGCUCCAUUUCUACAGGAGCUGGAGGAGAGUAUGCUCAACAAAGUUGUGGAUCUACUGCAAAGGAAAUUCUACGAGACUGGUAGCUGUAUUGUACGUGAGGGGGAGGUGGGCCAUGAGUUCUUCAUCAUACGUGGCGGCACAGUAACCAUCAAGAAGAAGGACGAAGCGGGGCUGGAGCAGGUGGUGGCCAAGCGGAAGCGUGGCGAUUAUUUUGGGGAACAGGCGUUGAUGAAUGCGGAUGUGCGUCAAGCCAGCGUCUUUGCGGAUGCACCCGGCACUGAGGUGCUCAAACUGGAGAGAGAAGCCUUUAUUAGCUACCUGGGCACCAUCAAGCAGCUAAGCGAGAGACUGGACGAACAAGUCAAUGUGAAUGGACGUUCGAGUAAUCGAAGUGCCGAGUUCGAUAAUGAAUAUUCGCAUAUUGCACUAUCGGAUUUGAAAAAGGUGGCAACCCUAGGGUCAGGGGCUUUCGGUCGUGUGGAUCUGGUUACCUAUAGCAAUCAGACAUUUGCUUUGAAAAUAAUCAAAAAAAUUGAGGUGAUCAAACAGGAUCAAAUUGAGCAUGUCUACAAUGAGAAGAAUGUGAUGAUUAAAUGCCGCAAUUCUCCCUUCAUUGUACAACUUUAUCGCACUUAUCGGAAUGAGAAGUAUGUGUACUUUCUGAUGGAGGCCUGCAUGGGAGGUGAUGUCUGGACUGUGAUGUCAAAGCGUCAAUAUUUUGAUGAUAAGACUGCCAAGUUUAUAGCUGGCUGUGUUGUGGAAGCCUUUGACUUUUUGCAUUCCCAUCACUUCAUCUACAGGGAUCUGAAGCCAGAGAACCUGAUGCUCACAAGCGAUGGUUACUGCAAAUUGGUUGACUUUGGCUUCGCCAAGUAUGUGCGUCCCCAUGAGAAGACGAAUACAUUUGCCGGCACUCCUGAGUAUGUGGCACCCGAGAUCAUCUUGGAUCGCGGACAUGAUCGUGCUGUGGACUAUUGGGCCUUAGGCAUUUUGAUCUAUGAGUUGCUUGUGGGAAAAACUCCGUUUCGGGGCAUCAAUCAAAUCAAGAUUUAUCAGAAUAUACUUAGCGGCAUCGAUGUCAUUCACAUGCCCUCCCGGAUACCCAAAUUCGCCCAGAACUUGAUUCGUCAUCUUUGCAAACAGCUGCCUGCAGAGAGACUGGGCUAUCAGAGGAAAGGAAUUGCGGAUAUUAAACGACACAAUUGGUUCGAUAAUUUGGACUGGACGAGGCUCAAACAGAAGCAACUGCCAUCGCCCAUCAAGCGAUCCCUGAAGAGCUUGACAGACGUCCAAUAUUUCAUACAUCUUGGCGGAGACAAUGACUAUGAGCCGCCAGAGGAAUUAAGCGGCUGGGAUAAGGACUUUUAGUAUUGCGAUUGAGAUAAAGAUAAUUCAACAAACUAGGUUAAUAUAGAGCUUAAUUAAUAAGUUAACAAAGUAGUUGUUAGGCGAAUAACACGUGUGUUAUAAGAUGUAAAUAAUUUGAUAUUACAUUUGUUUAAAUUUUCAA